GGAGGCGCAGCCGGCGUCCCGGGCGGGCGGUGAGCGACCCCGGACGGCCGCCAGGCGAAGAUGGACGUUGGUCCGAAAGAAGACUUUUGUCUUUUGGCCGAUGAAAAGUUUGACUUCGAUCUCUCAUCUUCUUCCAGCACAAAUGAAGACGAUGAAGUGUUUUUUGGACCUGUUGGGCACAAGGAAAGAUGCAUCGCCGCCAACAUAGAAUUCAGCAAGAAGCUUCCCGAGCAGCCCGUGCUGCCAGUAGCUGCCAGCCCCUGCACCUGGAGCCCCCUCACCGGGGAGAAGUUUGUGGAGGUGUACAAAGAGGCUCACUUACUUGCCCUGCAGAUAGAAAGCUGCAGCAGGAGAGAGGCGGCCCCGCCCACCCAGCCUGAAGCCUCUUGGAGCCAGGACAUGGAAAGAUUUGUCCAAGAAUCAAAGUUAAAAAUAAACCUCUUUAACAGAGUACAGGAAAUGGAGAAGAGCCCCAAGUCUCUUAAAAGAGAAACAUACUUCCUGUUGGAUAGCCCCUUGAAGAGCUCCUCCGGAGACCAGCCCCACUCUGGGGAGCCCCAGCUCCCGCCUUGCUCUCCAGUGCGGCCUGCUGCUCCAGCCAGAGCCCACCCUGCCCCAAUACCACCUCACUCAUCUCAACCUUUGCCAGAGGGGCCGAGUGCUGCCCGCCCUCCAAAUCACACUGUGCCUCCGAAGAUGACCCGGUUGCAGCCGCCCCGAGCUUUGUCUGCGAGAGGCAAACACCUUCAGCUGGUCAUGGAGAAGCCCAAGAAAGAGACAGCAGCUAGUCCCUCCAAGGCGAGACCCCGAGAUGACAGAGGAUUCCCUGGGGAAGUGUGCCCAGACAGACCUGCCACUGCCCUGGAUGCCACCACCCUGCCAGCGGGCAGAAGCCGCCUGGGUCAGGGCAAGCGGUCGCUCCCAGUCCCGAACAAGCUUGGGCUGAAGAAAACCCUGUUAAAACCGCCUGGCUGCGCUGGGAGUCUCGCGAGGAAGCCCUCUUCCUCAGGGUCUGCUGUAAGUGUGUCUCCAGCAGCAGGGAGAGCCAAGCCAAGUGAGCGGACAGGUAUUCCCUCUGGCAGCUCCCGGCCUCUGUCGCAUAUCAGCAAGCUGAGCAGAGCAGGUCUCACCAUGCUGCGCCAGCCUCUGCCAGCAGCCCCAGCAGGACCACCAUGUGGGCUAGCCAGGAGGCCCAGCGUGGCCCAGGUGUCAGCAGAGCAGCCCAAGUUGCCCACCCCCUCCCCUCUUGCCCAGUCCCAGAUGCCUGAGGCUGGAGGCCUGAGGCUGGAUCCUCACUCCGUUUCCUCGACAUCUCAACUGAAUGGAACUAGAGGCCUAAGCAGGCAGGACUUCUGUCUAAAUGCCAAGACAAAGGCAGAGCUUGCCCCUGCAAAUCCAUUUAAAGUUCCUACGUGUCCUGUUGGUGAAUCCCUGAAAGGCGUGACACCGAAGUCCUCCCGGGCACAGUGGCUGCAGUCGUGGGCAGCGGCUGGCAGGGCCACUGUUCACAGCACACCUGUGAGACGCUCACUGGGGCCGGCAUCACAAGAUCUGUCCGGUACAAGGACUCCCGUAAGCGCACGGCGAGUGUCAGCAUUGCCCACCCCUUCUCCCCGGCGUCUCUCUGGCCUCCCACUGAUGACCCCACAGUCUGUGCCUAGGGCUCUGGCUUCCCCGCUGUGCGGGCCUGCUCGGCGAUUGUCCUCCGAGCCCCGGAAGAGGUCUAUGGUGAGAACUGAGCUGGCACAGGAGCUCCAGCAGAAGGCCAGCUGUGCGCAGGUGGGCCUCGGUCUGUCCUCCAGUGAGAGCCCUUCACCUCCAUUCUUCAUACCUCAGGCUCUUCAUUUUUCUCCUGAGAAAAGUGAUUUUUCUCCAGAAGGCUCCACUGUAGGAGAGGCUCGGGAUGAAGCCAAACCUUGCAGUGGCUCAAACCCUAGAGAGGCUAUCCUCAUUGACAUGGGGCUGGAUCAGCUUAGCACCGCUCCUGAGGAAGGCAGACCCCCAGCCGCCCUCCCUCUCAUUGACAUGGGGCUGGAUCAGCUCAGCACUGCUCCUGAGGAAGGCAGGCCCCCAGCCGCCCUCCCCCUCAUCGAUGUGGGGCUGGAUCAGCUCAGCAUUGCUCCUGAGGAAGGCAGGCCCCCAGCCGCCCUCCCCCUCAUCGAUGUGGGGCUGGAUCAGCUCAGCACCGCUCCUGAGGAAGGCAGACCCCCAGCUGCCCUCCCUCUCAUCGACGUGGGGCUGGAUCAGCUCAGCACCGCUCCUGAGGAAGGCAGACCCCCAGCCGCCCUCCCCCUCAUCGACGUGGGGCUGGAUCAGCUCAGCAUCGCUCCUGAGGAAGGCAGACCCCCAGCCGCCCUUCCUCUCAUCGAUGUGGGGCUGGAUCAGCUCAGCACCACUCCUGAGGAAGGCAGACCCCCAGCCGCCCUCCCCCUCAUCGAUGUGGGGCUGGAUCAGCUCAGCACUGCUCCUGAGGAAGGCAGGCCCCCAGCCGCCCUCCCCCUCAUCGAUGUGGGGCUGGAUCAGCUCAGCCUUGCUCCUGAGGAAGGCAGGCCCCCAGCCGCCCUCCCCCUCAUCGAUGUGGGGCUGGAUCAGCUCAGCACCACUCCUGAGGAAGGCAGACCCCCAGCCGCCCUCCCCCUCAUCGAUGUGGGGCUGGAUCAGCUCAGCACUGCUCCUGAGGAAGGCAGGCCCCCAGCCGCCCUCCCCCUCAUCGAUGUGGGGCUGGAUCAGCUCAGCCUUGCUCCUGAGGAAGGCAGACCCCCAGCCGCCCUCUCCCUCAUCAACUUCUGCAGUACACCUGAGAUGGGUGCCGGGCUGGGACUGCACAGCAGGCCCCUGAUGGACCUCAUGAUGAAUACCCCAGAUGUGGGCAGAAACGGUGCAGUAAAGCCCCCGGGAGCCGAACAGCGGCAGCUGAUUGACCUGGGCUCCCCACUGAUCCAGCUGAGCCCCGAGGCCGACAAGGAAAACAUGGAUUCUCCACUCCUCAAGUUCUGAGUAGAGAAUACUCUUCACUGAAGCGGCAUUUGACCGAAAAAAAAAUUUUUUUUAGAAAAUAAUUGUGUUUGAUGUGGGAGUUGGGGGAGGAAAAGCCAGAAAAUAUCUUUUUGCGGCUAGAAGGAUGGGCUGGGCCUGGGAUUGGCACAGUGGCCCUGAGGGUGUCCCUCUUCUGUAGGGAGUUAGGAAUGUUGCUUUGUGCUUUUUGUAUGUGAAAUAGCUGCUAUUUUAAAGUUUGUGUAAAAAGUUAAGUAUUCCAGAUGUAAGUUAAAUUUAAUUAUUAAAGCAUACUUGGUUU